AUGGCCAAGGAGUUCCUCAAAACCCACGAUGCGGCAUUCGCACACAGGCCACCCAGAGUGUCCGUCGAGAUCGCCAUGUAUAACUACAAGAGCUUAUCCUACGGCGAGGGUGACUACCACAAGAACAUUAGGAGGAUGCGUUCCAUGGAGCUCUUCACGGCCAAGAGGGUCACCUCCUUCACCAAAAUCAUCCGGGACGAGCUAGUGAGUGUGAGCACAUCUGGCUGGAGUUUGGGCAAAAGGUGUGAAAACGUGCAAGCUGCAACUAUGGCUGAGAUCACUGAGCUUCAAUGCCAUGACUCGCAUCCUUAUGAACAAGACUUACUUUCCAGCGAUGAUCCAGAGGCGCGGGAGUUUGUGGAGGUCAUUGACGAAUUGCUAGAGGCAGCCGGAAGUUUUUCCUUGGCCGAUUACUUCCCCAGUAUCAGCUGGCUCGACUGGAGCAUAGCCCGCUGCAGACAAGCUCACUGCAAGAUGGAUGCAUUCCUGGACAAAGUUUUGAGCUAG